AUGACGAGCAUUUCGGAGCGUUUGCUGCUGUCGCUGGCGUUGGGCGCCACGCUCGCUGUAUGCGGCUACUACUGCAGCAAGUUGGUGGGCCGUCGUCGUCUCAAGAGUCUUGCAGCGCUGAGACUGGCGGCUGCACCGCGUGUGCGUCUCUCAGAGCUGCAUGCGUCUGACCGUUGGGUGGCGUUGUGCGGGACGGCGUUCGACGUGGCUGGAGAUCCCUUCUUCGACGCCAGCCGAGCUGGAAUAUAUAGCCACUGGAUAGGCCAUGAUGUCACGUUCCUGUUGCUGCAAAUGGGGCUCACGCCGGACGCUGAGGACGACGCAGAGGCAGUGGCCAGCUACUUGGACCGCGAAUGGCCGUUGGACGCACUACAGGGCGACGAGGAACCUGUAAGGCGCCGGUAUGAUCUGAUUCGGGAGUGGUUCGUGCGCUUCCACUCACGCUACGAGGUGGUGGCACAGCUUAGCGACUGCUACGGCGGUCAGAAGUGGGAUGCAUUGAGGACGAAGCUACUGCCGGAUUCCAGCGGGAGCUCCGGUGGCAAAUGCCCACUGGGAUUCGGCGCGAAGACGGUGAGCAAGGUGGUGAUUCGCAGUGCGAAGGAUGUGAAACAUCUACGGACGAUCAUGUUUCAAGGACGACACUAUGAUGUGACAGACUCGAGUUUGUUCCACCCGGACGGUGGACAGUUCGCACAUUUUGUUGGCCAUGAUGUCACCUACGCGUUGGCGGUACAGUCAAUUCGAGUGGAAGACUUGGAUGUGACGCCUGAGCGAGCAUAUACAUUUGAGGAACAGUUGCUACUGGAGAGAUACCGGAACUUCUUUGCGCGUGAGCUGGCGAUACUGGAAAUUGACGAGCAGAAUAGGAAUGGCAACACGACGGAAGUGGUGAAUGUGCAUCAGGUAAUUGACGAGAGCGACAACAUGGCGCAAGGAGAAUGUGUGCAGCAUUUGAAGAAGGCGCUUGACAGUGCAAGUGCGGAACAAGUGAGUGCUAUAUGUGCUCGCACGACGAUGACUCCACUGCACAAGGCUGUGGAGAAGCAUCGAUUGGAUCUUGUGGAGGAGCUCGUGCGCGCUGGAGCGGAUUUGGAGGCACGCGCAGCGCUAUACGACGACGAAACGCCGUUGGAAAUGGCUCACCGCUUUCACUUUGAUGAUAUCGCUGCUCAUCUUGAAUCUGUUGCGGUAGGGAGUAGCUAA